UAACGAUGACGUCGCACCGGAGGAAAAGCUCUCGCGCUGAACAGCUGAACGAAACCGGCGAGCAAAGUAUAAAUUAUACCUGCCGCCUCCCGAAAAGCUGAUUUUAAAACUUAAACUAGACUGAGCUCCGGUCCGAGAGUCCGGUCCAAACCCGAACCACUGGCCCACGGUGUUUGUUAUUAUCGAGCCAUCGUCAGAUACUCUGUGGAAAAGAGUUCUGAAGCAUCUGCUAACAGCAGCUAGGCUAGCUCAGGGAGCUAACCGGCAGGUUGUCUUUACCGUCAGGUGGCCGGUAUGAGGAGGCUUUGAAGGUGUCCCGUCGGCGUUAAUGAUUUGUGGAGCGGAUGGUUGCGCAGUGAACGACGACAGGCGACGGACACCUCAAGUAUUUUAAGUCAGUUAAGAAAACCAACGUCUGCGUCAAGCUAACGUUAACGGUCAGGUUAAUACCUCAGCUAACAGCAGUUAGCGCUCCGAAGGUGGUGCUUCGGGACCGAUACAAGUCAUGGCCAGUAAUCCCGUGGCAGGCUUCACCCGCUCGGCUAAUGGAGAAAACACAUCGGGACCAGUGUCCGGUUCUGGCCGCUCAUGUCGCCACCCUUCCGAGUCAGAGUCCGAUGUUGGCCCGACUGUGAAGAGCUUAGCGCGGCUGUGCAGCAGGGACGAGGACGAGCGAGCAGCGGCUCUGGAGGAGCUGAGUCAAGGGGUUGUGGGGUGUUUAGGACUGGACCGGCCCUGUUCGGCACGGCUGAGUAAACAAACACUCCUGCAUCUGCUUCGGCUGUCCCGGUCUUGUCCACUUCAGGAGGUACGGGGGAGAGCUACCGAGCUGCUGCGAACCGCACAGGAACAAGGAGUUGAAGUCCCUCGGGCUCUGGCCACAGGUCCAAGUGUCUUUAUCAAUGCAAAACAGAUGUUGAAAGAAGGGCCGGACCAGGACAUCCUUAUUGAAUCUUUCCUUUCAUUGGGUCGUGUGGACCACAUAACCAUGGUGAUGGCGUUGCACCCUGCUUACCUCAGCUGCUUCCUGAGGACCCAGCAUGCUUUGUUGGAGCUGGACGGCCCCUUACCCCGUCACUGGAGACAUUACAUUGCGGUUAUGGCUGCAGCUCGACACCACUGCUCGUACCUGGUCCAGCAGCACAGCGCAGGCUUCCUAGAAGCUGGAGGGGAGGAGAGCUGGUUGAGCGGCCUUGAGCAGGCUCCCACCAAACUCCGCAGUCUGCAAACGCUCAACAAACUGCUGGCACACAGACCCUGGCUCAUCACACAGCAGCACAUCCAGGAGCUGGUGUGUCCCGGAGCAGAGCCUCGCUGGUCAUUGGCUGAACUCAUACAUGCUGUGGUCCUGAUGGCACAUGCUCACUCUCUCUGCUCUUUCGUGUGGGGCUGCGGCUUAAACCCUGAACCUGAUCAUGUCGGAGGUUAUACCUUCCAAUCUUCAUCACCCAGUCACCUUCCACGGAGCCCUCAUAGCCCCGCCCAUGAGGACGGAAGGCAAGAGUUGGUUGAUGGAGCAAUGGAGGUGGAGGUGUUGAUGAAGAGGAUGGUGGAGCUCCAGCAGCAGGAAGAGGAGCACACACAGGAGGAGAUGGUUACUCGCUUUGAGAGGGAGAGGAGCGAGAGCAUACCAACAGCGUUGGUGCGGGGAGCCCCGCCUGACCUGGUGCUGCAUCUGGUGGAGGAUCCAGAGUUCAGAUAUGAGGACUUUGCCCCCAGAGGAGAGCAAGCACCACCCACCAUGAGAGCCCAGGACUAUUCAUGGGAGGACCAUGGCUUCUCUCUGGUCAACAGACUACUGCCAGAUAUGGGCCAGCUCCUGGAUGAAAAAUUCCAGGUUGUGAGCAACCUGACGUACCACAGGAUGGCCAUGCAUGAAGGUGUGGACACUCAUACUCUGAGAAAAGCUCUGUGGAACUACAUCCACUGUCUGUAUGGGAUACGGUACGAUGACUACGACUACGGCAGCGUGAACGUCCUGUUGGAGCGCUCUCUGAAGGUGUUUGUUAAAACCAUGGCCUGUCACCCCGAGCAGACCACGGCACGCAUUUACCAGGCCUUCUGGAGACACUUCAGACACUCUGAAAAGGUUCAUGCAAACCUGAUAGUGAUGGAAGCCCGGCUACAAGCAGCACUUCUUUAUACUUUACGAGCCAUCACACAUUACAUGAGAUGACACACUCAUUCGCACAUUUCUGCUGAUGCUGAGCCAGCUGUGACGUACUACAGCCCAAUGCAGAUCACACUCACACACACACACACACACACACACACUACAGUGAAUGUUUGUAUAUGCAUAUCUUAUGUUUCAGUGUUAAUGUUUUGAUGCUGCUUUGCGACUGGGAUAUAUGAUAUUUAAAAUGUGUUACUUAUUUUGCACUGAAAUCGAUCAGGUUUUGUUUCCCCACUUGAGCCUCAAUUGUUGUUCUGACUAUCUUGCACAUGUUUGUGUCUAUCACACACACACACACACACACACACACACACACACACACACUGGACACUACUAUCAUAUAUAUCUAGCUAAAUCAUUAUCAUGAUUCAAGUGUUUCCUUUCCAGAAUAUUUGCUGUUUAUUUGAUAUAUCUGUUGGGGCCAAUAUGUCACCCACAGACAACUGCUGACCACACCAUGACUACUCAUGUCUAACACAGAGGAAUGAGAUACAAAAAGACAAAAUAACUUGUAUUUUUAUAUACAAUAAAAAGUUACUUUGUUAUCAAAAUGAAA